UUAGUUUUACAGUGAGCAGCGGCGGAACAGUAAGUAGGUCGGAUUUCCGGUGUAUCAGACACGUGUGUCGAAUGGAGGAGGAGUGUCCGAUCAGCAAUAUUCCUCCAGUCUAACACAUUUAGUAACGAAGUAUGAGUCCGAUUUGAUAGUACUAUAUUCCUUCAUACCAUUACUAUUCCGUUGUCACUGGAAAUCGUUUAAAGUUCUUAGGUAAAAUUAUUUUAAGCGACUUUACAUACGGAAGUAUGUUGUCCGAUUUGGAUCUAAUCGGGACCAUUCAAGAAGACGAUGAUGUCCCCGAAGAAGACGAUUCUGCGUCUGAAGAUGAAUCCGAGCAGCCCAUCAUUUUGGGACGGAAGCAGAAACAGCUGAAGCGGCGUGGCGCCGGUGACUUUGCGACGGGCUUUGAGUUUGGGGAGCGCGAUGGGCUGUACAGCGAGGACUGGGCUAUGGCAGAUGUCUUGGCACAGCUAAAGAAAAGGAAAGCUGCCACCACCUUGGAUGAGAAGAUUGAAAAAGUCCGCAAAAAGCGAAGAACUGAGGAGAGAGCGCUGAAGGAAGUGAAGACGAGCGAUAAGGAAGAAGCUGAAAAUCAGGAGUUAGAAGCUGGAGGCGAUGAAGAUGCAAAACCAGAGGUGAAAGACGAAGUGGAAGAGGAUGAGGAAGACGAUGAGGGGGCUGGUAGUGGCAGUGGAGAGUCAGACGACGACGACGACGAUGAUGAUGGCCUGGAUGGUUUAGGCUCCGCAGAUGAAGAGGUCCUCACCAAAUCAGAUACGCUGAGAGAAAAAGGCAGGAGAGUCAAGAAGAAACAGGAUGCAGGAGAGACACUGGAAGCCUUUUAUGAAGAUGCCUCAAACUUCAAUGAGAACCUCACAUUCGAGGACAUGAAUCUGUCCCGGCCGCUGAUGAAGGCAAUCGCGACGAUGGGCUUCAAGCAGCCCACCCCCAUCCAGAAGGCCUGCGUCCCCGUGGGGCUGCUUGGCAGGGACCUCUGUGCAUGUGCAGCUACCGGCACAGGCAAGACUGCUGCCUUUAUGCUGCCCGUCCUGGAGCGACUCAUUUACAAGCCCCGGCAGGUCCAGGUCACCCGCGUCCUGGUUCUGGUGCCGACCCGUGAGCUGGGCAUCCAGGUACACACGGUGGCCCGCCAACUGGCCCAGUUCACAAGCAUUACCACGUGCCUUGCUGUGGGUGGUUUGGACCUCAAAUCCCAGGAGGCGGCUCUGCGGGCUGGACCCGAUGUCCUGAUCGCCACACCGGGCCGUUUGAUCGACCACCUCCAUAACACACCCUCCUUUGAGCUCAGCCAGAUCGAGAUCCUCAUUCUGGAUGAAGCUGAUCGGAUGUUGGAUGAGUACUUUGAGGAGCAGAUGAAGGAGAUCAUCCGAAUGUGCGCCUACCACCGGCAAACCAUGCUGUUCUCGGCUACCAUGAGUGAAGAGGUAAAAGAUCUGGCUUCUGUCUCCUUGAAGCAGCCAGUGAAGAUCUUUGUUAACAGCAACACCGACGUGGCACCUUUCCUUAGGCAAGAGUUUGUGAGGAUCAGGCCAGCUAGGGAGGGGGAUCGGGAGGCCAUUGUGGCUGCCUUGCUGACCAGGACCUUCCAGGAUCACGUCAUGGUCUUCACUCAGACCAAGAAGCAGGCCCAUCGCAUGCACAUCCUGCUGGGCCUGAUUGGCCUGAAAGUGGGUGAGCUUCACGGGAACUUGUCCCAGACCCAGAGGCUCGAGGCCCUCAGGCGAUUCAAAGAUGAACAGAUUGACAUUUUGGUGGCUACAGAUGUAGCUGCUAGGGGUUUGGACAUUGAAGGGGUUAAGACGGUCAUCAACUUCACCAUGCCGAACACGGUGAAGCACUACGUCCACAGGGUAGGUCGUACGGCACGCGCCGGCCGCGUGGGCCGAUCCGUCUCGCUGGUGGGUGAGGCGGAGAGGAAGAUGCUGAAGGAGAUCGUCAAGAAGGCCAAGACACCAGUGAAGGCGCGUGUCCUGCCACAGGAGGUGAUCCUGAAAUUCCGGGACAUGAUCGAGAAGCUGGAGAAGGACGUUUAUGCUGUGAUGCGUCUGGAGAGGGAGGAGAGGGAGAUGGCUUACUCCACAGCCCAGAUCAGCGCCGCAGAGAAGCGCCUCAAGCAGGAUGGCCAGGACCAGGAGCCCCAGCGGACUUGGUUCCAGACCAACGACGAGCGCAAGAAAGAUCGCAUGAAAAAGGCCCUGCAAGAUUUCGACUUGGCUCUAAGGGGAAAGAAGAGAAGAGAGAAGUUUUUGAAAGAAGGAAAAAAGAAAACGCUAUCUGCAGAGGACAGGGCUCAGUUUGAGAUCCUCAAGUCUCAAAUGUAUGCGGAGCGGGUGGCGAAAAGGGACCGCAAACCCAAACGGGCGCGUGCCAUGCCUGAGGAUAGCGCUCCCGUGCAGAAAGUGACUAAGCAGAAAGGAACGAGACCGACCAAGAAAUCAGUCUUCGACAAGGAGCUCACCAACACUAGCAAGAAAGCGCUGAAACAGUACAGGGCUGGACCCUCAUUUGAAGACAGAAAGAGACUGGGGAUCAAUAACAAAGGAGGCGGCCGCUUCAAGUCAAAAUCCAAGUUUAAACGAAAGUAAGCCAAUUUACUGUGGAGCAAAGAGACGGAGAAAAUUUCACGAGCAUCUUGGCAAUGAAUGGGUGCUGAGAAGCUGAUGUACCACAAAAAGCCACAAACGCCUGUAUUUUCCCAUAUUUUUUUUAUUAGUUUUAUUUUGUGACAUGGUAAUGGUUUUAUUACAGGACAGAACUGAUGUGGGUGACUGAAAUAUUUCUGUAUGAAUAAUUUGAAUGCAAGACAUACAGGUAUCUGCAAUGACCAUAAUUUAAACAUGCAUCUAUGACUUCAGACAAAGAACGUUAACAUAUUGUAAUAGCCUGAAUGAUAUCUCUGUAUUGAAUAUAUUUGGAGGAAGUUGUGAGAAUAAAAUCCUAGUCACUUAUGUUUAAUAUUA